UUGACACGGAAAGGAACCCGAGCUAUUUCCGGAAACGCCGCGGCCGCGCACUUGGUGACCGCGACGCCACGUGACAGGUAGGACGGCGCCUCCUCUCGCGUGUGCGCCGCCGCCGCGCGGAAGCCGAGGCCCAAGGGGUGGGCGGGGCUUCCUCCUCGGCUCAGGGCUGGUUUGGCGCAGAACUGCCGACAUCCGCCGCGCCUCCGGAGCGGCCCCGAGGCGGAAUGAGGAGAUGGGACCGGAAGCAGGGCCUGGCAGAAGGGUGUGAGGGUGAGUGGGCGGAGGGACGACCGGAAGGAAGCGCCAGGGAUCCCGAGGAAUCCCGAGGGCGGGGCCGGAAAUCCGGGCGGCUUCAAGCCCUCCUUUUCCCCCUCCACAGGUGUAAGAGGAGCCAGAAAUUUUAAUGGGGUUGUUCUGGGCGGGGCCCUGUGCACACUCAAGACCGCAUUCAGCAAAACCAAGUGGGAAAGAUUUUAUUGGCAUUUUUACAGCUCAGGCCUUUAUGUGUUUAAGGCGUAAAACGCCUUUGAGCCCAAAGGGGUCCUUAGUCUCAGGUGAGCGUCUGCAGGGUUGUAGCUAUAGGCCUGAGGACUGCAAUCUUGCCUGCACUCAGUGGGGCUUGCUUGCUUGCGUAUUUAUUUAUUUAAUUUCUGUUUAAUUUUUAAGGGGGGGGCAGUUGAAGCGCUUUACAAGCUACAUUGAAGCAUCAAAUAAAGCAAUCCUGAGUAAAGCAUUACAGAAUAAAGACAAAGUGUACCUUCAAAGCGACAUAGUUUACCUUAAAAGAUUUCAAAACAAAACAUUACAAAGGACGUCAACUACAGAAUGCACAUUUAAUGCACUAUGUUAUUGGCCAAAGUUCCAUCUGUUGUUGGAGUUUUUAGAGUAAGUUCUGCAUUUGCCUAAGGGAGACUCUGCAGGUUACAGGCUGGUCUUGCUGUCAGCUGUUCCCCUGCAUCCCAACUUCAUCUUCCUGCUGGAGAACCUGAAUCCUGAAAGGGAAGUCAGCCGUACUCAAUUUAGUAUUCUGAAAGGAGGAAAAAUCUGGAUCACCAGCGCAGGCUUUUUAUUCGGAAGGUAGAACGCUACUUUAAAGUGAGUCAGACCAUAGAGCCAUCUAGUUCAGUAUUGUUUGCAGUGACUUGACAGCAGUUCUCCAGGGUUUCAAACGGAACAGCAUAGCCCUACUUGGACUUACUGGGAAAUGAACCUGUGGCCUUCUGAAUACAAAGCACUACCGCUGAGCUGUGACCCAUCCUUGAAUCCUCCAAAUUGGAGCCCCCCCUUCAAACCCUUAUUCCACUUUAGAUUUGUGCUAAUCUGCAGAAAUCGGGUUCAAGAGUCUCUUUUAAUGAUGCAGUUACAUUAAGGACCACCUACUGAAUAAACUUGCCAGUGUAUUAAUUUCUCCUGUGCCCUUUUAAGUAAUUUCUCCUGUGCCCCUGUAAGUAAUGAAGCUGAUGAAGUGUUGGGAUAGCGGAGGUUUAUAAUUCUCCAUUGGAAGGUUCACCUAGUGCUGAUUUUUUUUUGGUGCCAGAUAAACAUUUUUUAAUUGCACAGGUCUUUUAAAAUAUUUUAGAAUUUUCAGGUUUUUAGUCUGCUGAUUUUUGUAUGUGCCACUUUCACAGUUGCUUUUUUGUUAAUUAUUUGGUAUUCUGUAUUUAUUGUUUAAUUUUGUAUACUACUCUGGGAGACAAGGCUGAAAAGUGACUUAUUUGGUAAUAAACAAACAUAUAAACACAUAGACAGGCAGAUCUGUUCAGACAAUGCAACACAGAGAACAAGAUCCAGGGAGAGCAAGAAGGCAAGGGGAUCAGGAGUUGCAGCAAAAGUAGCAUUCAACUUCCCAUGUGUUUUUUCUGUACCUGUUUUGAGCUUGAUUUCUUCUUUAAAUUUGCAUGGUGAUACAAGUUUUCUGUUCUUAUUGUGUGUACCCUUUAAAGCAGCUGCUGACAGGUUAAGGCUUUGUAAGGUUACUGGUGAUGGGGAAUCUAUGAAGCUUCUGUUUCUGAGAGCUGGAUGUGCUUGGGUGAGCAAGAUGAAAGAAGCCAGUUAAAAGACAAAACAAGCGCUGGAGCUUGAGGUGGAAGGAAUCGCCUCUCUCAAUCACUGUCUGUCCCUUUUCUCUGAGACAGAGCCUGAUUGCCCCAUAACCUCCGGUUGUGUUUCUCUUCUAGGAAUGGCCAAUGGCUUUCUCAUGGAAGUAUGUGUUGAUUCUGUGGAGUCUGCUGUGAAUGCAGAGAGAGGAGGUAAUUCCAUAUAAAAGAUGGAAGAUGAAAAUACUUAAGGAUCAUUGAGGGGUCUUUCUAGGCCAGGACACCUGGGUACACAUGCUAUAUGUAUUGAAAAGAGAGGCACACUUACUUCCCCAAGCAGUGUGAAACUGUUUUAUGAACCCUUUUAGGCUUGAAAGGUAGGAUAUUAAAUGUUAUAAAUUGGUCAGUAAGUAAAGACUUCCAAAGUUCUGAUCUAGGUUAGUGACACAUAUAUUCAGGAUAUGCAUUUAUAUAUUUUAAUUGACUGCAACCCAAUUACUCUACCCUUUGAGAGUAGGGCAAACUGCAAAUUUAAAUGAAUAAAUGUCAAUUUGCCUUGUCUUUAGCUGCUUUAACUACUUAAGUUGUCCUGCUCUGUUUUGCUGCAGUUCAUUAUCAAACAUGGGCUGAGAUACUCAAAUCACCUAUUGAUUUUCUUUCUUAGUUACUGCCUGAGUAGGGGUUGAAGUCUAUGUGGAUAAGCUAAAUACAGGUGACCGAUCUCACUCUUGGCUUGAAAAUUUCCAGCACUCCUACCCAUUGGUUUAUUUUAUUUAUUACUUAAAUUUGUUAGUUGCUACUUACAAACAAACAGCACCCCCAUACCUUAACACACCCAACAUAGAUACAUUAAAACCAAGGGGAGGAGGGAGGGAAUACUUAAAAAAACAUCCCACCCACUUCUAAAUGGCCGCAGAUAAAGGCCAAAGGCCUGCUUAUAGAGGAAGGUUUUUGCCUGGCAGCUGAGGACAUAUAAUGAUGGAGCUGGGUGAACUUCCCUUGUUGUAUUAUAGCAAGGCCCACAUGGUUUCUUCAUAAUGUAGAUCUCUGUUAAAAUCUUGCAAACCACUUAUAUUCAGAGGUUUAAUGUGUGACCCUGUUGCAGGUGCUGGCCGCCUUGAACUGUGUGCCAACCUCAUGGAAGGAGGAACAACACCUACUAUAGGUGAGUUGGCACAUACAAGCCAAGAUCCAAUCCACCAUUUCUCUGCAAGAUGUAGCAGUACUAAGCAGCCAAGCAAUGUGGAGAAAUGUUUGGACCUCUGCCCUCUAGGCCCUCUGCUCCUGGAACAGAAAGAAAAUACCGGUUGUUCUGCUUGCUCUUUUUGUGUUCUUCUGUGUCAUCAGCACCUCCUGGUCUUUUUGCAAGACAGGCUGUUAUUUAAUCACCCUAUUUCACCUUCCUUUCUUCAGCAGCCCCUUCUCCUAAAUUCUGCAAAAAGGGUUUGACAUCUGCCCUGUUCUCUUCUCCCUUGCUUCUCUUAGACCCAGUGCUGAUGGUCUAGCUCUGGGAUGGGGAACGUGUGGCUCUCCAGGUGUUGUUGGACUCCAACUCGCCUCAGCCUAAACGGUCAGUGGUCAAUUGAUUGGAGUUGUAGUUCACCAACAUCUGGAAGGCAUCUUGUUGGCUACUCCAGACAUAGGCAGAACUGAGCUAGAUGGCUCAGUGUUCUCCCUUUGUAUAAGGCAUCUUGCUAUGUUCCUAAGUUCCUCCGUACCAUGUUCUAGGUUUCACUUCUUGUCCAUCUCAUAGAACAAUCCAGUACAUAACUGACACCAUGUCCCAAACAUGUUUGUCUGCAGGCCUUUUGCAAGUGGUGAAGCAGUGUACAAGGGUGCCUGUAUUUGUGAUGAUCCGCCCCCGUGGGGGGGAUUUCCUCUAUUCUGACCGAGAAGUGGAGGUGAUGAAGGCAGACAUCCGACUUGCCAAGCAACAUGGGGCUGAUGGGUUGGUGUUUGGAGCCUUGACUGAGGAUGGACGUGUGGAUACAGAGCUCUGCACAGCGCUGCUGGGUGAGCAGGCUUUACUUUUCAUACGGCUUAUUUGGUGCUUGAGUAGUGAUUGUCGUACAGUGCCAUCAGCUAAUAAUUCCUUGGUUCAAAUUAAGAAAUAUUUCCUACAGGCAAGAGGCAAGAUCCAUGAGAUACUAGAGCCUGCCUCACUACAUUGAGCUAUUCAUUCAUUAAUUUACAGUAUAGGAGAACAUCUAAUCCACCCUUCAUCAUGUGAUCCCAGGGUGGGUUACAGCAGAAUAAAAACAAUGCAGCACAAUUUAUAAAAACAUAUAUAAAUGGAGCUUAUUAGGGGGGAAACGGCCAUGGUGCUACAGUCUCUUCAGUUGCAGAAGUGAUGGAACUUCUGACUCCCCACUCCCAAAAAAGAGGCUGGGGAAAUAUUGAAGUUUCACCUGACGCCAAAAUGACAACAGCACUUUAGCACCAGUCGUGCUCCUAGGGCAGUCUACACCAAGCUGGUAUCCUCCAGAUGUUUGGGGCUAUAACUCCCAUUAGCCCCAGCUAAUUUGACAAAGGCUGCUCUAGAGGGAGGACAUUCCAUAGGUCAUUCCAUAAAUGAAUGAAUUAUUCAGAUAAAGCAGGAGCCAAAUGCUGUAAUGGUUGGGAUGAAUGACCUUUGUGUGUAAGGAGGGGCACUGUGCAGAUCUGAUGGAGAGAGUGAUAGGUAGCCAUAAAUUCUGCACAGAAGGAAGAAUUAUCCAGAAGAAUAGGAAACUUUAUUGAAAGAAUGAUAAUUGUAUGGUUUUUCUGGACCCUCAAAAAUGCAAAGAAAAUAAUUACUAGCUAUUUUCUCUAUUUAACUGAAACUGACAGUAUAUCUUCUGAAGAAGAAUUAGUCUUGCUAGGAGUCUGUCCUCUCCCUGCAUGCCCCCCCAAAAUUGGCUCUAGCUGGGUGAAGCCUGUCCUAUUCCUACAUGCCCCCCCCCCAGAACAGCACACAGGAGGAGGAAAGGUGGCAAAAGUUCUGUGAGGCAAGCUGAAAUACAGCAGCUAAACUGUUUUAACCAGAAGCCAAUAUCCAUUCACUCCAUGGCUGAUUAUUCCACAGGCUACCUAGGGAAGAGUGGAUACAUCUUCAGUCUACUCCAGGAUUACUUUUUUAAAUAAGUGCAUAAGCCCAACAUGUGUGAGGGGUUUGAUACACAAAAUGUGAAAAGAAAUGCCAUUCAAAGAGCUAGCUAGUGGGCAGUCUUAGUGGAAAUGAGAAAGGAUUAUGAAUCCAUAUUUCAGAAAUGGUGUCAGAUGACUACAGCCACCUUGGUUGAACCAUCUGGAGAAGUUUCCUUUCUUUCCAGGGCCAGCAGCAGAAGCAUUGCCUUCACAAAGACAACCCCUAACCAAAGGUAUACUAACCAUCCGGGAUCUGUUCUUUUUGCAGCUGCUUCCCGCCCUCUGCCAGUCACCUUCCACAGAGGUGAGUUUCUGCUUGCUGGUUUCCCACAGGCAUCUGGUUGGCCACUGUGAGAACAUGAUGCUGGACUGGAUAGGCCAUUGGACAGAUCCAGCAGACUCUUCUUACAGAGCUUGGAGUGGGGAAUGAAAGCCGGACUGCCUACUUGCAGGACGUAGGCUCAGGCACAAUGGCCUUACCUUGGUGGGGGGAACUAUGAGAAUGUUCUCUGGGAAUUGCGCAUAUUAGGUCUGUCUACCAGGGAUUUGGGACUAGGCUAAAGCCUGGAAUAUGUCAGUAGAUUUGCUUUCCAGAAGAUUUGGCAGUAAAGACUGACAUGCUCCAUUUUUCUCAGCAGCUUUUGACAUGGUCUAUGACCCUUUGGCAGCCUUGGAAACGCUAAUAUCGAUGGGCUUUGAACGGGUCCUGACUAGUGGCUGUGACAGCUCUGUUCUAGAGGGGCUGCCCUUGAUAAAACGACUGACAGAACAGGUGAGGUGUCAUCUCUACCAAAUUUGUAACUCUGAUACACUUUUCUUGCCUACUUAAGAGUGGGCUGUCCAAGGAACUGGACAGUGUGUGGUGGGGACAGAGAAAUGCCAGCUAGCAGUCUUUCAUGGUCUUCAGAUGAGUGAGGGUUUUUCAACGAUUAAGGGUAAAAACUGGCCUCCCCAUUGAAUAUACAGAAACUGUGCCUUGCACCUUCUGAUUCAAUAGCUUCUUUCAGUAUUGCAUGAAUUCCCAUAGGCUACUGCAAUAAAUUAGCUCCCUUCUUCUCUGUUAAGUACACAAUAUGUGCAUGGCACACCCAUAUCUCACACCUGUCCAGCAGAAUUCACAACAGACAAAAAAGUCAACGAAGGAGUCACUCAGUUAUUUUAAAGUUGCUUCCAGUCUCUAACACUGGGGUGAAGUUGAAGCAGUCCUGCUAAUACUGAUAUGACAGCAUAUAGUUUCUGAAGUUCAACAGUCCCAGGAUGGAGGUGAAACUUGGUAGAUCCUCAGUUGUUUGACUUUGCAGAGGUGAAAUAUACACAAUGAUAGACAAGUGUGGGAGCAUACUUUCCUAGAGGAGCAUGUAAGAAACUCAGUGUGACAGUAUUAGUUGGAGCAAACCCUUUGAAAAGCAGCAUAAAAAAAUGAAAUUAAAUAUUGCAAAUAAAUACAUUCUACAUCUUCCUUAACAGAAUAUUUGUGCUACCCAUUUGGUGUGUUUUGUGCAAUAAGCAAUACCACUAAACCCCUUUUCUCUUCCUUUUCAGGCUAAGGGCAGGAUUGUUGUAGUGCCAGGUAAGACUCUGCAGUGAGUACCACUUGUUGGCGUAGAUCAGAACUGUAGCACCAACCAAGCAUGUUGUUAGGCAGCCCCACUUGCCCAAGUGGCAAGAAGUCCAGGAACAGAGCUUUAGGGUGCAAUUCCCUUUGGAUGAGAGUGCAUGAAAGAUUUAAUCUUUAUAAUAUUUAUUUAUUUGCAGAUAUAAAAACAGACAGAGUGUAGUAGAAAUAGAUGGACGUCACAACUGCUGAAACUGCAUUAGGUUAAAGGAAUAGUGUGGACACCCACGCACAACUCCUACCUGCUUAACUUGCUGCUGUAGACUCUUUGCCUCUGUCAAUCCAAAUUCAAUUUGCUUCUAGCUAUCUGUCCUUUCCUUAAAGUCUUAUAGGUAUGGCAUUAUGAAGGCAAAGAUUUCCAGGCAUCAAGGAACAUUAACUAAUGUUCCCUUAUCGUGUUCCUGAGUGAUCACUAAGUGUCAGGCAAAACAAAAGCACUGGGCCAUUUGUGCUAAUCAGCAGCUAAACUGAUAAGAUAAUACCUGAUGGGCAUCUGCUCCCUUCCAGAGGCAUAUUUAGGAGCUCUACCUGCUUCAGAGCUGCGAGUGCAGCCUGCAUUGACCCUAAAGAUUAGCCCCUGGUUCAGAGCAAAGGGAUUUCCCCCAUCUAUUUAAUGACCCAGAAUGUAGCUCUGUCUAUUCCUGCUUAACUUCAUGUUUGUGACUGAGUGAUGGGUUCUCUUCACCAGGGGGAGGCAUAACCGAGAGAAACCUGCAGAGAAUCUUAGAAGGCUCUGGCGCCUCUGAGUUUCACUGCUCAGCGCGCUCAGUCAAAGACUCAGGAAUGAAGUUCAGGUAACUGAGCAAGUUUCUGUCCUGACUUACUGAGGGGCCCAAGCCUUGCUUCCAUCUCCACCGUUUGGGGUAGUAACUUGACUAAGAACAUCUGGGGCACUGGAACCUGACAGGUGCAUUUAGCUGGGAGCAAGGCAUUGUUGCAUUAGGGAUGGACUUGUGUCUGUAGUUCAUAGUUGCAGAUGCAAUGGGUUAAGGUAGCACCCAAAUGGCAACAUGACAGCAGAUUAUGGCCCAGUGGGUAGGACUUAGGAUGGUUCUUUUUCCGGCUCUUCUAGGUCCAGGUUCCAGACAGUAACCAAAGACUUGUUGGUAUUCUUUUAGAAACCCUUACACUACCAUGGGGGCCUACCUCUCCACACCUGAAUAUUCCAUCAAGGUGGCCGAUGUGGCUAAAGUGAGGACCCUGAAUGCAAUUGCAAAGAAUAUCCUGUAGAACAAGCUACUGUGGGCCAGGAAGACCCAGAGCCCUGUGACCUGCGCAAUCCAUAGACUUAGACAUUGCAACAGCAUCCUUGCCAGCGCUUAAAGGACAUGGGUCAAUCAAAUGAAGAAGCCUCUGCUUGUUUUUCUCCUAUUCCCACUUGCUCCACAGCGUUUUUUCCUCAGAUGUCGUGAUGCCGUUUUGUCUGUGGGGAGCAAAUGAUGGGGAGGGGCUUAAUUAAAGGGGCACUCACCAUCGGGCAACACUCUCCCUGUUAAGGUCUCUUCUCAAAUAAACCCUGAAGCCACUCUGUAUCACUGUGGCUCUUCUUCCUGUAGAGGCCAUGGCAAGACUUUGAACUGGUCCCAAAGGAAAUGGGCCGGGGGGGGGGAGAGCACAUUGGGUGUUGCAGGCUUCCUUCACCCCACCUCAGUUUGAUUGGAGUGGAAGACUACCUCUUUGAAGUACAUAGAGGAAAGUGGUAAAGCAAUAUUGCAAUUGCGGCAGGAGGGAUCUCUGAGAACAGGGGUUAAGAGAGCGACCACAAGGUGACCAAGCACUGCAGUUCCGUACACGUGACAGCAAAAUUUCAUUGUUGUCAGGUUCUGGAUCCUGUCCUACAGAAGUCAUUAGAGUGGGUGAAGUUUCUGUGUAAUUAAUUUAUAUAAAAAAAAAUAUACCAGAGUGGUUUGCAACAAUUAUACAUAAAACCAUACAACGAAAACCAUAUUGAAAAGUUAAAAUCAGAAAUGAGGUAACUUUUACGGAAAGAUGUAUUCUUGAUUUCCUGCAUGAACCUGUUAAUCCUUAUUGGCAGAACAUUCCACAGUGCUGGACUGAUGACGCUAAAGGCUUAGAUGCUUAUUGUCAGAUCUCCACCAAUUUGGGGAAUGACCAACAACGCUCCUGCAAAUGAUCUUAGUGACUGAGCUGGGAUUAUAAGGGUUCAGGCGGAACGAGGCCAAGGGAAGCCCCACACAGAGGACAUUGCAGUAAUCCAACCUCACGUUUAUCAAUACAUGGACUACAGUGGCCAGGCUGCAAGGUUGCCAUAAGGGCAUCAUUUUCUUGCCCUUAUGGCAUUUGCCUCCAUUUGCAUAGCUUCAUGACAAGCAGGGCAGCUCCUCAGGUAAGUUAACCUUCCAGAAUAAUCAGUAUCUUGAGGAGGAGCAGAAGUUCAGAGAAGUUCAGAAAACGUUUGAGGUUUUAUCUGACUCUGGUAAGGGGAGUUUAGAGAUUCAGAGAUUGUGUAAGAGAUAGUCAUGUUGUUUCUGCUGCUAAAGGCCAUUGUGGAUCUCACACAAUGACUCACAAGUAAAGCUAAGCCAAAUCAUGACUUGGCACAAAUGCUCUGGCAUACAGAGGAGGAGAGACUGUGAUUGCUCCUCUGGACCUGCUGCUUCAAGCUAAGCCUGGGCCCAUGUCUGAAGCAAGACAAACCAUGAGCUUAGGCUUACUUUAGCAGGACUAGAUAAGGAGCAAAAGCAGAUGUGAAUUCUGAGAACCUGUGUGUCUGCACUAAUCUAUGAAAUUCAACUCUGCCCCCCUCCACCUUUACAAAUAAAAGUACCCUGAGAAAGGGGAACACCGUUGCAACAGCCUACCAUUAACACCAAUUUGUAGGAAAGGAAUUAUUUCACCCUGUGGUAGAACCACACAUUGGCCCUUCCCUGUGUCUCAGCGUAAGGCAGAAUUGGGAGUUAUAAAGUUGUCCAUUGUGGAAAGGUGGUCUUCACUUCCCAUUUCCUAAGGUGGUGUUGUGUGCUCCUGAAUUUUAACAGACCGCUGCCAUCCAGAUAGGGACAUUGUUUAUAAUAUGAUGAGAUUUGAUUAACUAUCUAAUAAUUAACCAUGAGGGAUUUAAAUUGCUUGUUCCGUGGACAUUGGACCCUUUUGUCAGGACUAUGAAUCACAGUCGGUUCUGGGUUUAUUGAUUGUAUAAAGAAUGAGACAGCAG